AUGAAUAUUAAGUUUAUUGAGUUAUGUGAGGAGGAAAUUGGAAAAGGCAAUAGGCCAAAUAGUCACUUCAAUUCCAGUGGGUGGAAAAUUUUGGUUAGGAGGUUCAACGAGGUGACGGGAAAAAACUAUGUUUAUAAGCAACUUCGCAAUCAUUGGGAUUCUAUGAAGAAAGAUUGGAUUUUGUUUAAGAAAUUAAUGCACCAGGAGACUGGAAUUGGAUGGGAUCCCUUGACGAAUUCAAUUGAGGCUUCUGAUGAGUGGUGGGCUCGAAAACUUAGAGAAAAUGGAGACUAUAACAAGUUUAGGAACAAAGAUUUAUCACUAAUUUGGUUUCGCUAUGAUAAACUAUUUUCUGAUGUUGCUGCUACGGGAGAAAGAGCACGAGCACCAAACCAAAGAACUCAGAAUGAAAUUGACAACGAUGGAGAGUUGUUUAAAAAUAAUGGGGAGUUUAAUGAAGUCGAAGAACAUGUGGAAAUUGACGAUAUUGAUGACAAUGAUUAUAUUGGAGUAGAUGAGUACAAUACAAAUCCCGAAAUGAAAGAAGAAGAUGAUAAUGCCAAAGAAAUUGUGUUUCCAUCCUUUUCAACUCUCAAGAGAAAAUCCAUUGGAGAAAGCCAUAAAGUCAAAAAAAAGGUAUCUGGGGCAGCUUCAUUAAAGGAAGAUAUUCAUUCUCUUCUUCAAUUUAUGGAAAAGAAGAGUAGUACCACUUCAACACUCUCCAUAGAGAUAACAAUCGCAACAGCAUUGAAGAUGUUAAAUAACCUCUCUGGAAUACCCUCGUUAAGUGAACUUUGGAAUUAUGCUAGUAAUUUAAUGAGCAAAAAGGAUAUGCGAGAAAUAUUCGCUAAUCAACCUUCGGACGAGGCUCGAUUAAGUUGGCUAGAGUAUAACUUUAACAAGUAUAAAAAGAAUCGCUAA